AGCAGCUCCCGCUGCUGAAGCUCUGGCAUCCCGUGCCCGCGCUGCCAGGUGCCCGCGCCCUGCCAGCACACCCACACCCACGGGCAGCUCCUGCUCCUGGCACUGUACUGGCGGUGAAGUGCUGCCUGGUUACCACCACGGCAGAGCCAUCAUCAUCUCCUCCUCCUCCUCCCUGCUGCCGGUGAGCACCGAGCGGGCUCUAAUCCCCGCAGAGCCGAGCCGGAGCAGCAGCCAACAGGAGUUGCUUUGUUUGUGCUGACUUGGCAUUCCCUGCUUCCACUCUGGAGGAGAUGGGUCGCAAGGAAGAGGAUGAGAGCAGCUCCUGGAAGAAGCAGACGAGCAACAUCCGGAAAACCUUCAUCUUCAUGGAGGCCCUGGGGUCAGGUGCCUUCUCCGAGGUGUUCCUGGUGAAGCAAAGAAGCACAGGCAAGCUCUUUGCUCUGAAAUGCAUCAAGAAGUCUCCUCUCACAAGGGACAGCAGCUUGGAGAACGAAAUAGCAGUGCUGAAAAAGAUAAAGCACGAAAACAUUGUGACCUUAGAAGAUAUUUACGAAAGCACAACCCACUUCUACCUGGUCAUGCAGCUGGUAUCCGGGGGAGAGCUGUUUGACCGGAUCCUGGAGCGAGGAGUUUACACCGAGAAAGAUGCCAGUGUGGUGAUCCACCAGGUCCUGACAGCGGUCAAGUACCUGCAUGAAAAUGGAAUAGUCCACCGUGACCUGAAGCCUGAAAACCUUCUUUACCUUACUCCUGAAGACAACUCCAAAAUCAUGAUCACAGACUUUGGCUUGUCCAAAAUGGAGCAGAAUGGCAUCAUGUCCACUGCCUGCGGGACUCCGGGAUACGUCGCCCCUGAAGUCCUUGCCCAGAAACCAUACAGCAAAGCUGUGGACUGCUGGUCCAUUGGAGUCAUCACCUAUAUCCUGCUGUGUGGUUAUCCUCCCUUCUAUGAAGAGACUGAAUCCAAACUGUUUGAAAAGAUUAAGGAAGGCUACUACGAGUUUGAGUCUCCGUUUUGGGAUGACAUCUCCGAGUCAGCCAAGGAUUUCAUCAGACACUUGCUGGAGAAAAACCCAACCACAAGGUUCACCUGUGAAGAAGCCCUGAGGCACCCAUGGAUUAAUGGAAACACAGCCCUGCACCGUGACAUUUACCCAUCUGUCAGUGCUCAGAUCCAGAAAAACUUUGCAAAGAGCAAAUGGAGGCAAGCCUUCAACGCCGCGGCCGUGGUGCACCACAUGAAGAAGCUCCACAUGAACGGCCAGGGGGCGGCUGGAGGCUCCCUCCCUGCCCUGCAGGUCUCAGAGACAUCCAGACCCAACGCCCCCUCGCUGCCCACCCUGCCAGCAACACCAGGCAAAGACAAGGAGCCGCCGCUCCCUCUGGCCCCCACCCAGGGCUGUCCAAAGCCUCCCAGCCAGCUGGAGCAGGACACGGGAAUGCAAGAGCAGGAGCUGCAGAGCUCAGAGAACACAUCAGUGCCCACGGGCAGCAGCCCAGCGCCGCCAGACAACCACAGCCCACCAAGCAGAACGUCCUGUGGCUGCAGCCCAGCCUGUGUGGGGCAUGAGAAAGCAAAGGUGUCCUUCUGCUCCGAGACAGUGCUCCUUAAGAAGUCCUCCAAAUCCCACCACUUCAAAUCAGAAGUUCUGGUUCCAAUGAAAAGCAGUAAGCACUCCUCACACUGUGGCACUGGGCAAACUGGAGUUUGUCUCAUCAUGUGAUGAGGAGGGCAGCCAGCAGGCUCCCCACAUCACCCACUGAAACAGAAGGGCUCUUUGACUCCUUCCUGCACUCGAAGCCAGACAUCAGCAGUGCAAAGCAGCCCUGUCCCGCCAGGAGCAGGCGGCAGCAGCGGCCAGAAGCGACCAGCUGGUGAAUCCCAGGAAUCCAUCCCAGCAGUGACCUCGGAGUUGGGGGGGGGGGUCUGGAUCCUUACAGCUGGGAGAAGGCAAGGGCAAGUCAGAGGCUGCUGCUGGCAUCUCAGUGUAUAUUUUCCAUACCACAUAGCUCAGUGCUGUCAGCUGCUGGUUUCUGUAUUCUGUUCACCUGUCCAAUGCACUGCACAACACAGACCCUGCAAGCCAAAGCCAUGCAGAGCUUUACUCAGUCACUUUUACAGUCUUCACCCUAUCCCCUCCUUGGGGUUUGGUUAGUCUCAGGCUUUGGCUGUCUGAAGUUCAGCAUCCACCAGCUGCCCAGUUCUCACAUCAGCUACAAAGAGACAAACCUGCUAGCAAGCUCCAUAUGUCUGACAAUAAUCACAGCAAGGUCUAAGUUCCCUGCUUCCAAGCCUGUAAUUGCACAAUAAAUACUUGCUUAAUAAAGCUGGGUUUUGUUUUGUAAA